AUGCUUGUUACAAAGCAUGCAGCUGAGCUCUGUGCUCUCCUUGUGAAUGAUCUAUACGGCGAGCUUCCCUCGCGUAUCCUUGCCACACUCCUUACCAAAGGUCGAUCUACUAUUGCGCAGCUUGCACAGCACACGUCCCUACCUCCAAGGUUCCUCCGAAAUGGAUUGAGCGUCUUGAUUCAACAAAACCUUCUCUAUCAUCAUACCGACCCCGACAGUAGAGGAACGAGCUACGAAGCCAAUCCCGAUGCGUGCUAUACCCUUACUCGAUCUGGCAAGAUUCUAGAGGCCAUAGAAAGCCAGUUUGGUACCGCAGAGCGCGACUUGGUGCAAACGCUACUGCAGCUUGGAUUCGCUCGAAUAGCAGACUUGACACAAGCUUUCAAAGGCAGAGCACCGAAGACAAAUGGCCACACCAACGGAUCGACAGAUGCCUCAUCUGGACUGAUCGAGUCAGAGUCACAUCUCAAUGCGGUCCUGGGGAGAUUAAUCCAAGCUGAAAUUAUUGAGACGAUGCGCGGCGACAGCUUUCGCAACCCGCGCGACGUCCAUCGCGAGAUUGAACAAGAGACGACGAGAACAGGGCCUGGUGAGAAAACAAGUAAGAUCACUGUGGACCAAGUAGGUCAGAUUAUGUCAAAAUACCGGACAUACAAAGAGCAAGGCAAGAGUUUAAAACGCCAGCUGGAUCUUACAAGAGGCACUUCUGGUAAAAGACGGAAGCUUCAAAGCGGCAGAGGCCGCCAGCUGGAUGACGACUUGGACGCACCCCCGCUGAACCCCAACAUUGUUGUCAGGAUAAACCAUGAGAAGUGCCUAGUUGAGUUGCGCAAUCGUCGGAUGGCGACAUUUGCAGCAGACAUACUUGGUGAAGUCACCGGUGCGGUCUACAGGACACUUCUCGAUCUCUUGUCGGUCGAUAUUUCCAAAUGCCGACCAGACCCGCUACUCGAAGAAGAGAUGCCUGGUCACCGAUUGACCGUCAGUACCAUGGAUAUUUACCAUCACUUGGACGAGUCAAUCAAUGUGCAAAGUGGUAUCGGCAAGGCUCCAAAGGAUAAGAUCGAUUUCCAGAGUGCGGAGAAGAUCAGACCCGAAGCGCAAGACUCGGAGAGCGAUUCGGACGCUUCUGAUGGCGACAUGCCGGUACGCCGCCCGGCACCUGCCGCCCGAAGUUUAGACAUGGAUAUGGACAAUGGCUUUGGAUCAGAUGAAGACCAAGAGAGCGGCGUGCCCCAUACCAAUGGACAUGGCAAACCCAAGGUCAAAUUUGAGGACGACGGGUCAUCAAAAAACAACCGCAUUGAACAGAUGCGGCAGCACUUGUUCUUACUGGCGGAGAGCAAACAUCGAUUUGUGAGACACUGUGGUACUCAGGGUCGUGGACAGUGGACUGUUGACUUCUCCAAGGUUCUGAACCGUCUGAAAGAAACUGAGCUGGAUGCAUAUAUUGAGCAAUCGUUUGGUCGCCAUGGACUGCGACUGACGCGGAUCCUACGGGAGAAGGGCAAAUUGGAUGAGAAGAUGCUGCCAUCGGCGGCACUGAUGAAGAAGUCAGACGUGCAGCUCAAGAUGAUUGCUAUGCAAAUGGCUGGUCUUGUCGAUGUGCAAGAGGUUCCCAAGGACAACAGUCGAAUGGCGAAUCGAACACUUUUCUUCUGGUUCUUUGACAGAGAAAGAACCGAGUCCCAGGUCCUGGAUGACAUUUACAAAGCCAUGGUGCGAUGUCUAGAGACACUGCAGGUGGAGCGUCACAAGGAGCGAAACAUUCUCUCCUUUGUGGAGCGCAAGGAUGUACAGGGCAAGGAGGAGGAAGUGAUGACGACGGAGCAUUAUGAUAAAUAUAAUGAUCACCUCGCUGUGGAGGAAAAGCUUCUUGGACAGGUCAUGCGCUUGGACGAGAUGGUUGCUGUUUUUAGGGACUAUUGA